CAAAGCACAAUCAUCGAAGAUGUUCUAUGGAGGAAAAUCAUAUCAACUUAUGUUGGCCAUAUUCUUUGUGUCACUUUGGAGCCAAACGCCAUGCGUAAGUGGCUACAGCAAAAGAGAGAGGAUCAACAAAUUACCUUCAUUUUUGAAAAUCUGUCGCCGCUCUGAUCCCCAGUUGAAUAAGUGUGCCCGCAAUGCUCUCUACUCGUUAAAGGAUCGUCUGGAAUAUGGCAUACCCGAACUCUAUAUACCGGCCAUGGAACCGCUGACAAUACCCGAGAUUAAAAUGAAUCAGGACACGGGCGCUGUUUACAUUAAAUCCACGUACAGAAAUGUGGAAAUAUAUGGCAUGUCACGGUUUGCGGUGAAAUCGCUGCACAUCGAUACCAAUAAAAUGAAAUUCACCACCACAAUGCUGUUUCCAAAUCUCACCAUGCAUGCGGACUAUCAAAUCGAUGGCAAAAUCAUGAUGAUGCCAAUGACGGGAUCGGGAAAAUGCAAUGCCAAUUUUACCGAUGUCACCAUGACCACGGUAAUUUUGGGUGAACGUCAAAAGAAAAACGGUAAAUCCUAUUUGAAUGUCAAGGACAUCAAUGUCAACUAUGAUGUGGGCAAAGUUCAAAUCCAUUUGAAUAAUCUUUUCAAUGGUGACAAUGCCCUGGGUGAUCGCAUGAAUGCCUUUUUGAAUGAAAACUGGGAUUCAUUGUCGGAGGAGUUGCGGCCACUGCUGGAGAAGGCAUUUUCAAGUGUCAUCCGUUCAUCGACAGAUAAACUGUUCAAGGCCUAUAGCUAUGAUGAUUUGUUGCCCAAGUAGAAUGGUGGUGGCAAUGCGAAGUUUAAGGGUCCGUCUCUCCAUGUCAAUAAAUAAGUGAAGGCGG